GAAAGUCAUGUAUAAUACCAAAGAAAUGCACAUGGUGGAAAUAAAAAAUGGAUUAGUCGUUCCUAAGUACAGGUAUAAGGUCACUUCAAGACAUAUGGAUCCACUUAUAAUCAAAGGAGAAAAUGAUUCAAUGAGAUAUACGCUGUUAAAUAACAUAUUUUAUCAUCCAGAAGUCUUUCAUGAUUUGAACAUAUAUACAUAUCAUUAUAUGCGAAGAGGUUGUAUAGUGAUUCAUCUUGCACAACCAUAUAUACUUAGUUCAAUGAGGUUUCUGCUUUGGGGUGGUAAUGACCAAUUCUACAAAUACACUAUUGAGGAUUCUGUCAAUAAUCAGGAUUGGAAAUGGAUUGCAAACGAAUCUGAAGAGCUGAAACAAUCUUGGCAGGUGUUGAAAUUUACACCUAGACCGAUACUCUACAUUCGUAUUACUGGCGUUUAUAACUCAGCAGGCAAUGAUUUCCGUAUUGUAUAUUUUGAAGCUCCCGCUCAAGUAAUUGUAGAUGAUCGUGUGAAGAACAACGAAACAGAUGAUAUAAUGACAGAAGCUUCGACUUCAAAUCCAGUCGUUUAAACCAAAUUCCAAUUAUAAGCAUAUUUUUGUUUGUUGCACGCUUACCAUGAAUUAAAG